GGGGCCUUGUCCCCUCCCUCACCGAGUGCGGGACUUUGGGGGUCUCUGCCCUCACCGAGGGCGGUUUGGGGGGAGGGUCUCGUCCCUCCCCUCACGGCUCGGGGGGGUUUGUGCGUCCCGUCCCUCCCCUCACGUGGGUUUUUGGGGCCGGGCGGUUCCCGCUGUCCCCGCGCCGCCUCUCGAGGGUCCCGCACCGGCCCCGCCGUUCCGGGCGCUCCUAACGGCCCCUCGUCCGUGCCUCCCUCCCUUCCUCUCCGCAGGGCCGCGAUCCCGGAGCCGCGGCCAUCCCAGCACCUGGACCUUAACACCUUGGCAUUGCCCUUUUCCACGUGAAGCUCAGCCAUGACUGACCAAGAGUUCAUUCUCUGCAAGUGGAAGAGGCGUUUGUGGCCAGCUAAGGUUUUGUGCAAACCUGGAGUUGCUGGGAGCAGUCCUGAUGCCACCCCAAAAAGGAUGGGAUUUAAAGCUGAAAUCCUUGGCUUGGAGAAGCAGGUCAGUGUGAGCUCUGCAAACGUGGUUCCCCUAACGGAGGAGAGGAUCAAGGCCAUCGCCUCCACCCUGGAGCAAAAGAAAACCAUGAGUGAGGCCGUGGAGGAGCUGCAAUAUCGCUGUUCCCUUAAAAUUGCCCUGGAUAUUCUCCACGAGACUGACUCCAGCAGUCAAAUGCCACCUGCAGAAGGACCAAAUCCUGAAUUUUCCCGGGAGAAAUCUGCCCCACCCGCCCCCUCCCACGGCUUCUUGUUGCGCUCUCGCUCGAAAAAGUCAGAGCAUGAGGCUGCCAAGAGGAAAAGGAAACCCCAAAACAACUGUGGGCUGAAGGAUGAUCCCAAAGCAUACAGCCAGGGAGGUUCUGUGGCUCCAGGGAGGAGUGGAAAAGCACCUGGAAGUGGCACAAGCCCUGCCAGGGCACGUGGGGGUGGAACAAACCCUGCCAGGUACGGUGCCAGGGACUUGAGUGUGGCACCAGCCCCUGACAGUCACAACUGCAAAAAACCAGAGCCAAAAUCAUCACCCAGACAGAAAAAAAUCCAGCCCAAAAUGGGGAAUGGAGUCUCCUGUAAGUCAGAGGCUGGAAGAAGUCAGCAAGGAAGGAAAAGGUGUAGAGAUGAUUCCCCCCAGGAUCAAGCACAGGUGGCUCCUGAGGAGGGGUCUCCCUCUGUUCCCUCUAAAUCUGGCGCCGUGGAACCUUCCAGAAAGAGAGGAACUCAGCCUGGGAGAGCAUUCCUGGAUUCCUCCUGUGAAACUGCCUCGGAUGAGUUGGAGAAAAGCAUCAGCAGUGAGAGUGAGAGCCUGGCAAAGCAGCUGGAUGGGAGGAGAGAGGCAGAGGGUGGAAAACACCCGGAGGGGGCAGGUGUGGCCUCAGGCACAGACAGGAAAUGCAGGAACCACUCUGGAUCCUCACCUGGCCCUUCUGGUGCCUUCCCUCAGCCUCCAGAGGAGGAAAACCAGGAUCCUUCACACCUGGCUGGGAAUAAAGCCCCUGACUCCGAGGAAGAUGAAGGGCUGGAACCCUCUGGGAUGUCUUCCAGGAGAGUUUCCUCAGAGAGCCUCCCUCCACUCUCCCCUCUGGCAGAUGAAGAGGAGGAAAAUUUCCCCAGUGUUCUGUCCCAUCGAGAACCCAAAUUCUUCGAGGAAGGGAUGUUGGUGUGGUGCAAGCUGCGGCGCUAUCCGUACUGGCCAGCCGUGGUGAAAGCAGUGAAGAGGAAGCACCGGAGGGCCUGUGUGCUCUUCAUAGAUGGCACCACAAAUGAGAAGAAAAAAGGUUUCUCAGUGUCUCUGAAGAGCCUGAAGCACUUGGACUGUGAGGAGAAGCAGGAGCUCAUUGAACGAGCCAAGGAGAAUUAUUCCAGGGAAAUUGAGUGGUGCCUCCAGCUGAUCCAGGACUAUCGGAUCCGAGUGGGCUGUCGUUCUUUCACUGGGUCCUUCCUGGAGUAUUUUGCUGCUGAUAUCAGCUACCCAGUGAGGAAAGAGGGCUACCAGAGUGUGGUGCAGAUGGCAUUCCCAAACACAGGGGAGGAAGGGGCUGGAGAGUCUUCCUCAGACACCUCCCCCCAAAAACCCCCGAGGAAGCUCCUCCCUGACAGGACCAGAGCUGCCAGGGACAGGGAGAACAAGAAGCUGGUGGAGUUCAUAGUGAAGACCAAAGGGGCUGAAGAGCAUCUCCUGGGGAUCUUGAAAAGUGGGAAACAAUCCCGCUGGCUGAAGAAAUUCCUGAAUUCCAGCCGGUACAUUACCUGUGUGGAGACUUAUCUGGAGGAUGAGGAGCAGCUGGACCUGGUGGUUGGGUACCUGAAGGAGGUGUACAGGGAGAUGGACACCAAGAACCUGCACCAGAUCCUGGGGGAUGGCAUCAGGUUCAUCUCAGAUGUGCUUUUACCUGAGGCCAUCAUCUGUGCCAUUGCUGCCGUGGAUGACAUUGAUUAUGAGAAGGCAGAAGAGAAGUACAUCAAAGGACCACCUGUGAGCAAAAGAGAGAGGGAAUUGUUUGAUGAACAAGUUCUGGGAAGCAAAAAGCUCAAGACUGAGGCAGAGCCUGCGGAGAGCUGAGGAGUGGCCGGGGCUGUCCUGGGGCCAGGUGUAAAUAACCAGUGGUGAUUUGUAUCAAACGUGGCAUUCUUUGUAAAGUCCGUGUGUAUAUUCCCAAAUCCUCUGCUCCCAGCUCUUGCUGCUUCAUGGCCUCGCUGUGUUCAGGAUCCACUGGAUCCUCAUCCAUCAGUGCCCUCCUGGGGGGCUGCCAGAGACCCCCAGGGCUGUGCCGAGCUUCUGCUGCUCCACCGACUUCCACGUGGGUUCUUUUAGCCAAACACCCGACUUGGGAAGGGAUCUUGUCCUGCUCUGUGGUGCCUGGUGGCCUCCCUGCUCCUGAUAAAACCAGGGGGUUCCUGGUUCACCCUUCCUGCCUCAUGGAUCUCCAAAGGUGGGAAAUCAGAUUGGUGCCCAGAGCUGCCACCUGGAUCGCCAAGAUUUGGGUUCUUGUUUUGUUAUGACAAGUAAAAUUCCAUGGAGGAGGAAUCCAGGUUUGCUUAAACAAAAACAUUCCCUUUUCCUCUACCUGAACCAGUGGAAUGCUGGUUUAUUACCUCUUCUGAGGCAAUAAAUUCACAAUUCUGUGAAUUUUGGGAGGCUUUUAAUUGUCUUUUUCUCAUCUAAAUUCUCAAUUUAAUCCUGCCCAGCUCCCUGCUCACCUUUGUUGGAGCUGUGGCACAUGGAAGCAGUGUCACCAAGAACUAAUUAAUGAUGAAUAAUGAUAAAUGAUACAUAAAGCCUGAUUAGGGUUUCUCUGUGAUAAUGAAAUAUGAUCUCCUUGCUUGUCCAGUAAAACCCAAGAUGAUUUGAAAUGAAGAAGUUGAAAUUGGGAUCCAGAUGUCUAUCCUGGCUCUAGUAAUUAUCUGAAUAUAUUUUAAUUACACUUUUAAUUGCUCUGUGCUCUCUAAUGAGUUUUUCCAUGGACUCCUUCUUCCCGUUAUCUCAAGUACCUCAAUUAUAGGGACAGGCCAGGAAGUGUGAGGGUUUUAUUAAAGCCUGGGAGGAGGGAUAAUGAAUUUUGUGGCUUAGGAUAAAAAAUUAAUGAUGGAGUUGACUGAGAGCUGUGAGUGGCACUUUCCCUUUGGAGAUGAGAGGCUGGGGAGGGACUGCCUGCCCCUCAUCCCAGUGCUCUGGGGUAAUUUGGAAUGGGGGUCAACUCCCCCCUCCUUUACAUCAAUCCUGUGUUCCCUUCUCCAUCAAAACUCCCUGAGUGCUGCUAUAAUCCUGCUCCAGGCCCCUGCACAGAAGCAGAACCACCUCACCUCGCCUUCACUGCACCUGUGGAAUCCUGGAAUGGUUUGGGCUGGAAGGGACCUUAAAGGCCAGCCAGGGGCAGGGACACCUCCCACUGUCCCUGGGUGCUCCAAGCCCCUCCAGCCUGGCCUUGGGCACUUGCAGGGAUCAUCCUGACCUUGUGCCACCCCUUCCCAGUGCUGCCCCACCAGUCACUCCCUGGGACUGGGCACCAGGCUCAGCCUCACCAUGUAUCAAUCAUGUGGACUUAAUAAAGUGGGAUGAAAUGAGUCAUCAACA